AUGGGUGCGCUGUUUCCGCUUCUUCGCGCCCUGGGAAAGCCGGCACGCCUUACCGAAGUGCGGGUGGCUGCCGCUGAGGCGGCCCGUCAGGCCAUUUUUGGUUCUUCCCCGUCUGCGCCGCCGCCGCCGCGGCGUCGCGCUUCUGGCACGGCGGAAUUUCAAUGUCUCUACCACGCGGGCGAAGGCCUCACUAUACCCAUGACAUUUCUUGGCUCCUGCAAGGAGCAUGGCGAUCAGGUGGUGUUGGUUCAUGUUGCAGGCCUUCCUGGUGCAUUUCCUCUCUCCAUGGAGGAGUUGGCUCGUCACAGGCACUUGUUCAGCCCCAGACCAGAGGGAACGUCGUCAGCUGCGGAUGAAGCGGAGCAGUUGGCUCUUCUUUGCGCAACAGAGGCAGUGGAGAGUGGGAUCCGCGGGUUGGCUGUGCUGGAUCACUUACGCUCAGUCUCGCAACGGCGUUUGGCAUCGCUUCGCGGCGCUGAAGUGUUGCUCAAGCUUGGUAGUCGCAUUAACGAGAAGGCCCUACAACUCUCUUUUCCAUAUCAUUGUGGAAGCACACAUGCCUUAAAGCAAUACUUCGACAUUACACACGAGGCCUGUACACUUUUUGGUCAGCAGAACAGACAUGGGGCGAAGAUGCUUUGUCGCUACGGUGUCGCAGUGAUGGUGGGUAUCGCGCCCGAUGAAGCUCUUGGGUGUCCUGUUCCGUUUUGGAAUCCGUUGGGUGAACCAGCUGCAUGUCUGGCCCCUAUGUUUCACGGAUGCCAUGCAAUUCCUGUUGGGAGCGUGAAAUUGGACUAUAAUGGGCCCUCCACGCACUCCGUUCUUCUUACGCCGGAGGAUCCUGCACGGUAUCUAAACCCCACAGUCGACGGCAAGUACGACGUUACCGCGUGGCUUAAUGAGGGUCUUUUUGGCGUAAAGGUGGGGCAGCGCGUGGAGGAUGGUUGCGCCGUUUACGGCGUUUGUUACAAUGCGGAACGUUGCGAGUUUGAAUUGCAUGUUCAAGACUCUUUGACGGGCGAAAUUCGCCCCUCUCUCUCUUGCUUCCUAACGCCACAAUGA